AUUGUAUUCUGAACAGGCAGAUCCUUGGUCAGCUCGCUGGUUGUAAACAGAGGUCCUUUCGCUCUACGCCGUUUAUAAAUGGGCGCCGAAGCUGAAAAAGUGAGCUGUGGUUCGUCAGCAGUUUCUCCCUCCAUGUGGCCGCUAAUGGUAGAGCCGACUUUAUGAACCAACCAUGUCUCGCCCCUCUCCCUCACCCAUCUACACCUUAAGGGGGGCCGGCGGGGCCCUUAACCCCCUUCACUUCAGCUGCCAUGACGGGAAGAAUCCGCUCUUAUUUUCUGGGUCAGGGGACGGCGUCGUUAACAUCUGGAACCUGAACAGCAGGAGAGCGGAGAGGACGGUCCAGGCUCACCCUGGAAGUUCUGUCAUCUGUGUCAACACCCUGGACUCAGGAACCCUGCUGAGNNAGGGCCGGGACAUGAACGUCUGUCUUUGGGACCUGAGAGAAGGUCGCAGUGAAGCCGUGGACACCCUGAGGACGGGCAGCGUCGGGUUCUGUCAGUGUUCCCUCCUGGAGCUGGGUCUGGACAAACACCUGCUGGCCUUCGCUGGAGAACAGAUGGAGGAGGUCAGGAUCGUGGAACUGCCCAGUAAGACCCCGGUCUGCACUCUUCGACCUGAUACCAGAGUGGGGAUGGUCAUGUGUGUGAAGCUGUGGCAGCCGGAGUCGCAACCCGGGCCCCUUCUGUUGGCGGGCUACGAGGAUGGCUCUCUGCUGCUUUGGGACGUAGGACAGAGGUCAAAGCUGAGUGAAGUCAAAGCGCACCCUGAGCCCGUCAUGUGCCUGACCUUUGACCCCAGGGGUUUGAGAGGCGUAACAGGCUCCACUGAGAAGAAGCUCUGGGCCUGGACGGUGGACAGACAAAACAACCUGCAGCUGCAGGAUCCCGUGCCGCUGGUCAACCCCGGGGUCUCUAAGCUGUCCCUCCGGGGGGACAACAAGCUCCUUGCCUCCGCCGGCUGGGACCAUCGGGUUCGGCUGUUCGCCUGGAAGAAGCUGCGCCCCCUGGCUGUGCUCCAGUACCACACGGACAUGGUGACCAGUGUGGCCUUCUCAGACCACCAGGACCCCGGACACAGGCUGCUGGCAGCUGGAUCCAAGGACCAGAGGAUCAGCCUUUGGUCGGUCUUCACUGACAGAUGAUCAAAUAUUUCAUGUUUUUUUUUUUUACUGCAAUUUACUGUAAACUUCACGUUCAGAAGUAUUUAAUAAAUGUUUGAAAAAUGUUCUUCAGUUUCUGAAGUUUGAUCAAAUGUUCUGGUUGAUCAAAUCUUUUUUUUAAUAGUUUUCAAAUAUUUUGAGUCCUUGUUCCAGUCCUUGACCUGUGACUCUUGGUCCUCAGUCAGUGUCUGGAGCCGGAGCUUCAGACUCCUCACGCUCUGCUCCAUAAAGACCCUCUCUUGGGAUUUGAACCCUGAGAACAAAGACUGGUCCAGGAUCUGGAUCUUUAUCCUCAUUAUCAUCUGCUUCUAAUCUGUCUACCUUCACGUUAGUCCCGGUCUUCAUCUAGUCCUGGUUCU